UAGCUCUUGUUGAUCUCACCGCAUUCGUUAUCAACCUCAAUUCGUUAUCGUUUAGAAGAUGCCUCAAAGGACAACCUGGAUGGUAUAUAGACUGUCAUGUUGUCUAGUUGAACGAGAUGGCAAGAUAUCUACGACCAUUCAAAUCAACCUGAUCGGACAUGGCGGCAAACCAGACCAUGUACGACCGGAUUCCGGGGACGGAAUUAUUGAUUGAUGUCAACAAGUCUUUGGGAUUGUCUCAUGCGGAUGCAGGGCAAUCUGACGUUGUCCUUAUUCCACAGCCUUCUAAAUGUGAAGGUGAUACAUUAACAUGGCCAAAAUGGAAAAAAUACUAUCAGCUCUUUUUAGUUUCGUUGUAUGCGUGUGCCUUCUCAUUUGGCGAAAAUACACUUGGAGCUGCUUGGACGACUGUCAGCGAUGAAACCGGUGUCAGCUUGACAAAAAUGAACGGCGGCAGCGCGUUGAACUACCUUCUUCUUGGCUUUGCCAAUAUCUGGUGGAUCCCUCUUGCCAAUAUACUUGGCCGGAGAUUAAUCUUCCUGAUAACCACUCUGAUAAAUGUCGCUGCCAUUGCCUGGAUUGGUUCCUUCAAUGGCACGGGCCAGUGGAUGGCAAGCAUGGUACUUAUGGGUGUAGCAACAUCGGCAUACCAAGCUAUUAUUCAGCUUACUAUAUUUGACAUGUUCUAUGUACAUGAUCGAGGCAGGAUGCUUUCGGUAUAUCUCUUCGGGCAGCAGCUGGGAUCUAUUCUCGGACUCAUCUCUGGUGGUACCAUCGCAGACACUGUUGGCUGGCGGUGGAGUCAGUAUAUAUGUGCGAUUAUUGAUGGCAUUGUCUUCCUACUUCUGUUUUUCUCGUUUGAGGAGCCCCUGUUCCCUCGUUUCCUGCUCACAAACUCCUCUCCACACACUCUAGGAGGGUUGCCAAGCGAUGUUGGAAUGCCGUGUGCAGCCGAUGACACAAACAAAGACAAGCAUGGGAAUGGAGACCUACGGACCGUUACGAGCAACAGUGACGGGUUUAUUGACGAUUUCCCUAAGCGGACCUAUUUACAGAUGCUUAGACCUUGGACUCGAUAUCCACAGAAUAAGACGACUUACUGGCAGUAUUUCCGCCGCCCGUUCUUCUUGUGGGGGUUUCCGAAUAUCGUCAUUCAGGCUGGGUUCAUCUUUGCCUUUGGUUGUACCGCUGGCAUUGUUUCCUUCAACACUAUAUCAGAAAUUCUCACCGAAGAUCCCUACAACUUCAGCACGACCGCAACUGGUCUUGUGUUCUUCGCUGCUCUGAUCGGAAGUAUCAUCGGCUGGGCGACCGGUGUGCUAAGUGACCAAGUCGUGAUAUUCCUUGCACGCAGAAACGGUGGCGUCAAAGAGCCAGAGAUGCGUCUUUGGAUGCUAAUCCCCUGUUGCGUCUAUGCUGCGCUCGGAUACAUGCUCUACGGUUGGGGUGCGGAGACUGGAAUUCCUUGGAUUGGGAUCGCAAUUGGAAUUUGCGCAAUGAUAGCGCACCAGGUUGGUGCAUGUGCUAUUGCCACAGCUUAUGCCAUGGAAUGUUUUCCAGGAAUAUCCGGCGAGCUCGUAGUUGUCCUCGCUAUGUGUUCCUCGAUGGUAAACUUUGCAUUGUCAUAUUCCGUGCAGCCGUUCGUUGAGGCAACUGGUUUCGGUUGGGCCUUCUUUUUCUUUGGUAUGUGUGUAUUGGGCUCCAUGGCGAUAGCCGUGCCACUGGUUCUCUAUGGUAAAGACUGGAGAAAAGCGAAAUCCUCCAGGUAUUAUCAAUUCUUGGAGGAGGUUGGAGGAUCGACAGAGUAGGCUUGUUUGCACGUCGUAAAAGGUGAUGCACCAGCCUACAUGAUUGAUACAAUUAGGGUAGCAUCAGCAUAUGAAGUGAUCACUAUCGGUAGCAAUAUGUGGCGGCAGUUUUCAGUUUCUUCGGCGAUGUCCAUGGCGUCAAGAUCAGAAUUAAAGCCGUAGCAGUGGUAUCUCAAGCUGCAAGACCUCUACGUCCAUAAUUACGAAAACUUGCUGGGC